CCCGUAACGAGCGCCCUGCGCGCAUGCGCACUGUGCCUUUCCUCGGCGCCGCGCCUUCUGCUGCCCUGGUUACCGUUGGUGUCUGCGAAUUUCCUGCAGCACCUUCUCUGGAGAGUAGCGCCACCGGGCUCCAGCCUCAGUGCUAUAGGCCCGUGCCCGCGUCACGUGGGCCGAGGCUCCCUCGAGGUGGCUGGCGUGCGGCUGAGUCCAGAGGAAGGAGCUGUGGCCGCCAGUCGCCGUCCCAACUGCGCCUAGGGCAGGCGCGCGGAUAAAAAUGGCGAAGUGGGGGUAGCUGGCGCCGAACCUGAAGCGAUGGGGCGUGCAGGUGGGGCGGUCGUCGGAGCUCUUUGACGUGGGCGCCAGGCUGUUCUCGGCGGCAGUCUGAUCUGGCGACCUCGGGCCAGCAUCUGAUAGGUCGGACCACGGACUCCGCGGGUCGCCGAGGCCCCCGCCGAGAGCCGGAGGCAAUGGAUGAACAGAGCGUGGAGAGCAUUGCUGAAGUUUUCCGAUGUUUCAUUUGUAUGGAGAAAUUGCGGGAUGCACGCCUGUGUCCUCACUGUUCCAAGCUUUGUUGUUUCAGUUGUAUCAGGCGCUGGCUGACAGAGCAGAGAGCUCAGUGUCCUCAUUGUCGUGCUCCACUCCAGCUACGAGAAUUAGUAAACUGUCGUUGGGCAGAGGAAGUAACACAACAGCUUGAUACUCUUCAACUCUGCAGUCUCACCAAACAUGAGGAAAAUGAAAAGGACAAAUGUGAAAAUCACCAUGAAAAACUUAGUGUAUUUUGCUGGACUUGUAAGAAGUGUAUCUGCCAUCAGUGUGCACUUUGGGGAGGAAUGCAUGGUGGACAUACCUUUAAACCUUUGGCAGAAAUUUAUGAGCAGCAUGUUACUAAAGUGAAUGAAGAGGUAGCCAAACUUCGUCGGCGUCUCAUGGAACUCAUCAGCUUAGUUCAAGAAGUGGAAAGAAAUGUAGAAGCUGUAAGAAAUGCAAAAGAUGAGCGUGUUCGGGAAAUUAGGAAUGCAGUAGAGAUGAUGAUCGCACGGUUAGACACACAGCUGAAGAAUAAGCUUAUAACACUGAUGGGUCAGAAGACAUCUCUAACACAAGAAACAGAGCUGUUGGAAUCCUUACUUCAGGAGGUAGAGCACCAGUUGCGAUCUUGUAGUAAGAGUGAGUUGAUAUCUAAGAGCACAGAGAUCCUCAUGAUGUUUCAGCAAGUUCAUCGAAAGCCCAUGGCAUCCUUUGUUACCACUCCUGUUCCACCAGACUUUACCAGUGAAUUAGUACCAUCUUAUGAUUCAGCUACUUUUGUUUUAGAGAAUUUCAGCACGUUACGUCAGAGAGCAGAUCCUGUUUAUAGUCCACCUCUUCAAGUUUCAGGACUUUGUUGGAGGUUAAAAGUUUACCCAGAUGGAAACGGAGUAGUUCGUGGUUACUACUUAUCUGUGUUUCUGGAACUCUCAGCUGGCUUGCCAGAAACUUCCAAAAACAUCUUUACACAUUACUCUAUUCUUCUAAGGUUUCAGGUUCGUUCACCAACUUUCUUUCAAAAAUGCCGGGACCAGCAUUGGUAUAUUACUCAAUUGGAAGCUGCACAGACUAGCUAUAUCCAACAAAUAAAUAACCUUAAAGAGAGACUUACUAUUGAGUUGUCUCGAACUCAGAAAUCAAGAGAUCUGUCACCACCAGAUAAUCAUCUUAGUCCCCAAAAUGAUGACACUGUUGAGACCCGAGCCAAGAAGUCUGGCUCAGGCACUGACAUACUUCUCCAGGAUGGUCCCACUACAGCUUCUGGAAGAGAGGCCAAAGAGGAGGAAGAAGAUGAGGAGAAGAUUCAAAAUGAAGAUUACCAUCAUGAGCUUUCAGAUGGAGAGCUGGAUGUGGACUUUGUUGGUGAGGAUGAAGUAAAUCACCUUGAUGGCAGCAGCUCCUCUGCCAGUUCCACGGCAACAAGUAACACGGAAGAAAAUGAUAUCGAUGAAGAAACAAUGUCUGGUGAAAAUGAUGUGGAAUACAACAACAUGGAAUUGGAAGAGGGAGAACUUAUGGAAGAUGCAGCCGCUGCAGGACCUCCAGGUAGUAACCAAGGCUAUGUGGGUGCCAGUACCAGAAUGUCAAGAAGAGCACAUUUAUGCUCUGCUGCUACCAGUAGUUUAUUAGACAUUGAUCCUUUAAUUUUAAUACAUUUGUUGGACCUUAAGGACCGGAGCAGUAUGGAAAAUCUGUGGGGCUUACAGCCUCGUCCACCUGCUUCACUUUUGCAGCCCACAGCAUCAUAUUCUCGAAAAGAUAAAGAUCAAAGGAAGCAGCAGGCAAUGUGGCGAGUUCCCUCUGAUUUAAAGAUGCUAAAAAGACUCAAAACUCAAAUGGCUGAAGUUCGAUGUAUGAAAACUGAUGUAAAGAACACACUUUCAGAAAUAAAGAGCAGCAAUGCUGCUUCUGGAGACAUGCACACAAGCCUUUUUUCUGCUGACCAGGCAGCUCUGGCUGCAUGUGGAACUGAAAGCUCUGUCAGAUUACAGGAUUUGGGAAUGGAACUCUUGGCAAAGUCAUCAGUUGCCAGUUGUUACAUACGAAACUCCACAAAUAAGAAGAAUAAUUUACCCAAGGCAACUCGGUCCAGUAUAGCAGGGAGUCUAUCACUUCGAAGAGCAGUAGACUCUGGAGAAAAUAGUCGUUCAAAGGGAGACUGUCAAACUCUGUCUGAAGGCUCCCCAGGAAGCUCUCAGUCAGGGAGCAGGCACAGUUCUUCCCGAGCCUUGACACAUGACAGUAUUGGUGAUAUGCUGCCAAAAUCCGAAGACCAGCACUGUCAAGCUCUGGAUUCAGAUGCUGUCGUGGUUGCAGUUUUCAGUGGCUUACCUACUGCUGAGAAAAGGAGGAAAAUGGUCACAUUAGGGGCUAAUGUUAAAGGAGGUCAUCUGGAAGGAAUGCAAAUGACUGAUUUGGGCAAUAAUUCUGAAACUGGGGAAUUACAGCCUAUAUUACCUGAAGGAGCUUUAGCUGUCCCUGAGGAAGGAAUCAGCAGCGACAGUGAUAUCGAGUGUGACACUGAAAACGAGGAGCCGGACGAGCACGCCUGCGUGGGCGGAUUCCAUGACUCUCUCAUGGCACAGCCCCCAGACGAAGAUACACAUUCCAGUUUUCCUGAUGGUGAACAGAUAGGCCCUGAAGAUCUCAGCUUCAGUCCUGAUAAAAACAGCGGAAGGUAAUUUUCAAAUCAAGGGAACUGACUUGCAAGCUACCUUGACCCUGAAGUUUGCUGUGGUUGGUGCUCAAAUUUGCAUUCAGUCAGAUAAUCAGAUUUGGUUUUAUUUUUUCCAUCAUCUCUACCUAAAAUAAGUAAUUCUGAAACUUCAGAAAGUAGUGCAGUUCUAGUAUAAGAUAUUAGUA